AUGUUGGAGCAAUCGAAGAAUAUUUUAUACAGGAUUGGCAAUUCAACCAUAGAUACUUUCGAUAUCUUUGGUUAACUGCCAAACUUCAGAGUCCUUGAAAAAAAUAAAUACACUUCUAUCGUAGGUUGUUGUAUGACCUUUAUAAUUGGAACAGCUACCUUAAUUUAUUUAGUGACUGAAAUAACAACUCUUUUACAGAAGGCUGAACCUAAUGUUGUUACAUCUGAGUUGCAGAUAUUUGACUCAACAUCUUUCCCACUUUAUAACGAUAACUUCACUCUUGCAGUCACAAUAGCUACUAAAAAUUCAGAACCCAUAUUGGGGCAACUGAAAUAUUAUAACUUGACAAUGAGUCAUUGCAUCAGAGAAAGAUUGUUGGAUGAAGCAACAGGAAAGGUUUAGGUGAAAUUAAACUGUUCUGAUUUGCCAAUCGCACCUUGUAAAACCGAAGACUUUGAUAAUGAAUUAUAAAAAGAUUUUUUCAAAAAUACUAGAUUAGGUGUUGUCCAAUGUAUAAAUCGAACCCGGCUCAGAAAUAAUCCCCCUGUAUUAUUCGCAUCUUAAUUCAAGGUUCUGUAAGGCCAAAUCUCUGGAUACAAGUACUAAUACUUGGUAAUUGAAUUGAGCAUAUGCAAAAAUAAUACAGAUUAUUAAGGUUGUGCUCCAAUCGAAGAAAUUAAGAAGGUAUUAUCAGCAGGACACUAUUCUGUGUAUGCAAGCGAUUAUUUGAUGCAAUUAAAUCAUCCUGGCAAACCCUACUCAUAAUUCAUAAAUUUAGAUAUUAAUAGUUUCUCCAUAUCAACUUCUAAAAUGUUAUAAUGGACAUACAGAAUAUCUGAAAUUCAUACUGACGAUGGAUUACUGUUUUCUACAGAUGAUGUAGAGUUAAAUUUAAGAAAAUAAGACAGAAGAGAAUAUACUGAGUUAUAUAAUGAUGAUUAUCUUGUCUACCAUUAUAUAUAACUAGAUUACAAGGAAACUGUCUAUCGCAGAUCCUACAUUAAGAUUCAGACAAUAUUGAGUAAAAUUGGAGGAAUUUGGUAAUUGUUUGUGAUUAUUGCUGCCUUAAUUUUAAAUCCUCUAAUAAAUAAUCUGAUGACUAUUUCAAUAGCGAAUGAAUUAUAUCGAUUUCCUAAUUCUUAAAAACAAUAAAAUAUGGAGAUAAUCAAUCUAUAAUAAAGUGACUAAGUUGUUGAUGUCAAUGAAUCAAUUCGACGGUCCAGAGAAGCAAAUCUAGAUGAAAACCUUUCAAAUGGAAUAUAUGAAUCUCUUCUGAUACUCUUAGGUUGUCAUAAAAAGAAAAGAGAAUUGUUUGGUUAAGUGAAACAAUAGAUUCUCGCUUAAAUGGAUGUGGUUAAGAUCAUACAAAAAUUACAUGAAAUUGAUCUGCUCAAAUUCAUAUUAUUGAAUGAUGAAUAGUAUAAAUUGUUUGAUCUAUUACCUAAACCUAUUCUCUAAGAUGAAAAACUUCAAAUGGAAGAUAUGAGUAAUGAUUUGGCGUCUGAAGCUGGGGUUCAAAAAAGCUUUAGAGCUAUUAAUAAUAAGAAAUUCCAAUCUAAGAAUCUUAAAGAUUAUUAUUGUUCUUUCUCUUCAUUAUAAUAAGAUAAGGGAAGAAGCAGUGUUGAUGAUAAACUAUUAUCUAUGAUUGAUAGGAAUAUAAUCUAGUUUUUUGAAUAGAUAUAAAUCUCACAAUAACGGCAUGGUAACCUAAGUCCCUUGGAUCCCUUGUUUAGAUCAAGAAUAGAUGAAUCAAUCAUAGAGCCUAAAAUUUAAAGGCCUAAAUGA